AUGACUUCACCAAGUCCACCUCCCUUGGAUGACUUACCAAUAAUACAGCCCAACAACAAUAACAACUCGUCAAAUGCAUUGACACAUAUGAUAGCUGGUUCAUUGUCGCGUUUGUCCGAGUCAGCCAUCAUGUUCCCAUUGGACACAUUAAAGACAAGGGUACAGUUCCAAGACGCCAAUACAUUGGGUUCAACAAGAUUAAGUUAUCGAUCAAUGAGUGUGCUCAAGUCACUCACAUCCACCGCACAUUCUGAGGGUAUCAAAGGAUUGUAUCGGGGCUUCUCCCCACACCUCCUCUACGUCAUCCCUGCAUCAGCCAUCUCAUUCGUCUGCUAUGAAGCCAUCGCCAAGUACUUCAAGCGACCAGUUGGCCAAGACGGCUCGACAAUGACAGGUCUGGUGAUACCUGUUCUGGGAAUGACCGUGGCCCGACUCUCUGGCUCAAUCAUCCGCACCCCAUUCGACAUUGUAAAGAUGCGGAUGCAAGUCUCUGGCAACAUGAAGAAGGAGUCGCUGCGGCACCGAUCAUCAAUCGAUCAGAUGAACUCGAUAAUCAAGAAACAGGGAUAUCGUGGAUUGUUCAAGUAUAGCUAUGUGACGGUGAUGCGUGACCUACCAUUCUCAGCAAUCUACUUCACAUCGUACGAGAUAUCAAAGAAUUGGCAAAAGAGUUGGAUGGCUAAACAUGGUGGAAGAAAGUUGAAUCAUUGGAAUCAUAUACUCUCUGGUGCUAUCGCUGGCACCAUCGGAACGAUCAUCACCAUACCAAUCGAUGUUGUCAAGACCAAACUACAAACUCAAGACACUCUACCAAAGUCAGUUGACCGCUUCCGUGGUGUCUGGAAUGCUUUGAAGGGUAUUAUGGCGACUGAAGGUCCAGCCGGUUUGACAAAGGGCAUUGGAACAAGACUGGUACAUGUUAUUCCAUCAGCUGGAUUAUCAUUUGCCUUUUAUGAGGCUUACAAGAAGUUGCUCAAGGACAUGAUGAAGGAUAAAACCUCCACU